AUGCCUCUGAGUUGUCGGUUUUAUGCCAAUCAAUUUCCGGAUGUUGAAGAUACAGUUAUGGUAAAUAUCCGAGAAAUCGGCGAAAUGGGUGCAUAUGUAUCACUGCUAGAAUAUAAGAAUAUUGAAGGCAUGAUAUUAUUGUCUGAACUUUCAAGAAGACGCAUUCGUUCUGUCAAUAAACUAAUUCGUGUCGGUCGUAAUGAAUGUGUUGUUGUUAUACGUGUUGAUAAGGAGAAGGGUUAUAUAGAUUUGUCAAAGAGACGAGUUUAUUCGAAGGAUUCCAUACAGUGUGAAGAACGGUUUGCAAAAGCUAAAGCAGUAAAUAGCAUUCUUCGACAUGUUGCUGAUCAGUUGGGUUAUGAUUCGGAAGAGCAGUUAGAAGAGCUCUAUGAUAAGACCGCAUGGUACUUUGAUCGGAAACUGAAAAAGAAAGCAGCUGCCUUCGACAUUUUUAAGAAAGCUCUCAGUGAGCCAACUGCUCUAGAUGAGUGCGAUAUAUCUCCUGAAAUUCGUCAAAAACUUUUGAUCGAUAUUAAAAAAAGAUUAACACCACAAGCUGUGAAAAUUCGAGCUGACAUUGAAGUUUCUUGUUUUGCUUAUGAUGGCAUAGAUGCUGUAAAAGAUGCUCUAAUCAAAGGGCAGAAGUGUUCAACUCCUGAUAUGCCCAUAAAAAUUAAUUUGAUAGCUGCUCCGCUUUUUGUCGUUACAACUCAAACUAUGGAGAGAAGUGAAGGCUUGGAAGCGGUUAAUAGAGCUCUCGAUCUAAUUAAAAAUACGAUUGAAUCAUAUCAGGGAACUUUCAAAAUUGUGAUGGCGCCAAAAGUGGUGACAGAUUUGGAUGAAGAAGAAAUGAGGAAGAAACUUGAGAUGGUAGAAGUAUAUGAUGAAAGUGUGAGUGAUGAUGGAGGUAGUGAUGACGAAGGUUUGGUGGCACCCAAAGGAUUAGAUCAGCAGGCAGACGCUGAAGAAGAAGUGCGAAAAAGAAGGGCCGAUAUUAGGUCCGGCAGUAAUGUCGAAGACGAGUGA